AUGCGAACUUGGUUCGGCCGUGGCAAGAAGCUGCAAUCCGCAGUCACAUCAUGCUGUCUCUGCGCUUUCGUUCUCUACGGCUACGACCAAGGUGUCUUUGGCGGUAUUCUUGAGAAUGAAGAUUGGCUGCGACAGUUCAAUAGCCCAGGUGAUACCCUGACUGGGUUCAUCACAUCGAGCUACAACUUGGGUUGUCUUCUUGGCUGCUUCAUAAACUUCUUUGUCGGAGAGAAACUCGGUCGAAGAUGGACCAUUUGGGUCGCUAUGGGUUGGAUUCUUGUCGGAGCUGCGCUGCAAGCAACUGCAUUUACGCGCGGGCAUCUCAUCGUUGGUCGGGUUGUCACUGGUGUUGGUACUGGUCUCAAGACGUCAACGGUCCCAAUGUAUCAAUCGGAGCUUUGCGAAGGUACUAAGCGAGGUCGUCUCGUUUCCGCAGAAGUCAUGUUUGUCGGCAUUGGCAUCGCCUUCGCGUAUUGGUGGGACUUUGCCUUUAGCUUUGUCGGAGGCCCGUUCGCAUGGCGUUGGCCUCUCGCUUUCCAAGCUGUCUUUGCUUUCUGGGUCAUCUUUGUGGUAUUUGGUGUACCCGAGUCGCCACGUUGGCUUCUCAACCAUGGAAAACGCCAGGAAGCUAUCGAAGUGUUGUCCGCGGUCUACGACAAACCGGUUGACCACCCCGAUAUCGUACGGGAAGUCAACUCUAUCGAGGCUGCUUUGUCAAUGGAGGCCGAAGCAGAAGGUAGUACAUCUUGGGCCUCGACUUUCAGGAAAGACAAGGUCAGCACGAGAUAUCGAGUCUUUUUGGCCUGGUUUGUCCAGUUUAUGAAUCAAGCUGGCGGUAUCAACCUGGUUGUCUACUACAUCCUGACUGUUCUAACCGUUAACGUCGGACUUGAGCAUAGACUUGCUCAGAUCAUCGCAGGUUGCAUUCAGCUCAUGUUCCCCAUUGGAUCUCUUCUUCCCACUCUAGCACUAGACAAGAUGGGACGGCGAUCUACCAUGAUGUGGGGAUCAGCUGGGUUAUCAUUCUCAAUGAUGAUGGUAGCUGCGCUUCUGUCACAAGCUGAUGACACCCCGAGAGGGCAAUCCUUCGCUGCUGGAUCAGUCGCCUUCUUCUUCACUUAUAUGCUUGUUUUUGGAGCGAGUAUGAACUGUGUUCCGUGGGUUUAUGUACCUGAGAUUCUUCCACUGCAUGCCCGAACUAAGGGAACUGCUAUUGGAGUAAGCUCCAACUGGCUUUGGAACUUCACAGUGGUCAUGAUCACACCCAUUCUCAUCAACCGCCUCCAAUGGAAGGCAUAUCUCAUAUUCAUGGCUACAAACCUUGUUUUUGUCCCCAUUAUCUUUUUCUUGUACCCUGAGACAUCAAACCUAGCCCUUGAAGAAGUUGAUUACAUCUUUGCUCGAGGCGAGAACACUGUCCAAGUGGCCCGAGAGAUGCAGAAAGAACUUGCCCUUCAUGGACAUUUGUCAGAAGAUAGGCACGCCGGGAGGUCGAUCAAGAGAGAUAGGAAAUCACAGGAGAAAGGUGAUGAGUUCGUGGAGCAUGCAAAUGCUUAG